AUGCCAUUGAAGGAUCCCAAAGAAGCUGAUGAAGCCUUGGUAGGUGAGGCUGGAGCUACGGCAUCAGAGACGCCAGUUAAGGAAGUUGAGACAGAGUCAUUAGAAUUAUCGGAAGAAGAUGUUAAGUUGUUAGAAGCAUUUCACGAGUUGAAAUUGCAUCCAGAACUUGGAGGGGCAACAGACUUGGUGAAAUUUUUAGAACGUUUUAAUAAACGUGAGGAGGAGAAAGAGGCAGAAAAGACGAAAGAGACCGUUACCAAACCUGUCAUUAAAUUAGAAACUUUGUCAUUAGAUACAGAAGUGAAGUCUGUAGAUAAAUUGAAAUCAUCAAUGGGUGCAAAACCCAAAAUGAAAUCAGGAGGGUUGGUAACAGGUCAUGCUGUUGAUGGUACUUCACCAGACAGCUCAGUGUCCAGUACACCCAUUAGGUAUGGAGGGUCAUACCAUUUUCCAAAAUUGUCCAAUUUCUAUGGAGAGGACAAUAAAGGCGACGUUACUUACGAAGCCUUCAAAUAUGAGAUACAGUCUUUGUUAAGUGAAAAGGUUUUCACUGAAGCUCAGAUAAUGCUAGGCGUUAGAAGAGCAUUAAGGGGUACUGCAAGCGACAUAGUAAGACGACUCGGAACAGGCAUUAGUAUCCGAGAUAUAUUGAAGAAACUUGAUAGUACUUAUGGAAACAUAGAGAGUCAGGAGUCAAUAAUGAAGAAAUUCUACUCGUGUGUCCAGGGAUUGGAUACCAUCAAUAAUUACGCAGCCAAACUAGAGGACUUGUAUUCAAAGGCCAUAGAAUUAGGUGCUAUUACCAGAAGAGAGGAUUUGCUCAAACAAGUUUUAUAUCAAGGCCUAAGGAUUGAAUUGAAACAUAUCGCACAAUAUAAAUUUGAGACCAUACCCGACUAUGACAGAUUCAAAAUAGAGUUGAGAAAGUUAGAGGCAGAGAUGAAGUCAGCAGAUGGAAAGACAAAGACAUGUAGUUCAGCUCAGAAGAUAGAGAAGGAAGAUAAAAGUGAAAUGACGGAACUGAGAUCAAUGCUCAAGCAACUAAAUGAGAAAGUAGAUCAGUUACAGAAAGAAAAGGACAGCAAAGAAAUGCCAAGACCACAGUACCAGUAUGGAAGUAGACCAUUCAGAAGAGGCCAUUUCAACAGAGGAACAUUUGGAGGAUUUAAAAGAGUAAGUGCUCUAGUUGAUGGGUCGAACUCGGGCACAAAUGAAAACAAAGAUCCGAAACUAUUUGGCAGCACUAAUGAAGCCAAUAUCACUAUCAAUGGGCAUCUCACAUCUUCACUUUUAGAUACUGGAAGUAGUUGUAGCUUAAUCGCAGAGUCAUUUUACAAGAACCAUCUUACAGACAUAGAAUUACAACCUCUUAAAGAAAUACUUCACAUUGAAUGCGCAGAUGGAUCAAAAUUACCGUAUUUAGGAUAUAUACAGGCUGACAUCAACAUACCAAAUGGACUUCCAAAAUCCCAGGAUCACACAUGUUUAUUUUUAGUUGUACCAGACACCAACUACUCUUCAAGAACUCCAGUCAUUUUAGGAACAAACAUUUUAGAAAUAUUAGUUGAGGAAUGCAAGAACAACUUUGGAGAACAGUUUCUACAGAAAAGUAAUCUGCAUGUACCAUGGUAUUUAUGUUUUAGGACAAUAGUACUCAGAAAGAAGAAACUACAGCAAAACAAGAAUAGGAUUGCUAUAGUACGAAGCGCUGUUCCACAUAAAGUUUUGGUGAAACCAAAUGAAAGCAUCACCAUUGAUGUAUACACAGAUAAGGAAAUAGACCAUCCUGUAACAAAUGCUAUUCUUCAGGAGACAGAAGAUGCUACUCUACCUGGAUAUAUUGAUGUAACACCAGGACUUGUCAGAUAUGAAUAUGGAAACAACAUGGCCAUGAAAGUAACUCUGUCUAACAUUACCACCAAUACAGCAACAAUAGCACCAAAGGAAAUCAUAUGUGAACUGCAACCUGUAAGUGUGACAGAUGAAGUUUUACAUAAGUUAGAGGAAGAAGAACUGGAUAGGGAAAGGACAAGGAUUGUAACAGAACUGAACUUGGAUGAAAGUAACAUGUUGAAUGAUGAACAGAAGACCAGACUUAGACAACUUUUGAUGAAACACAAGGAUAUAUUUUCUACAUCGGACAUGGACAUAGGACAGUGCAACAGAGUAAAGCAUAGGAUAGAUUUGAUAGAUCCUACACCCUUCAAACAACGACAUAGAAGGAUUCCACCCGCAAUGAUCGAAGAAGUUCGUCAACACCUGGAACAACUUUUGGCUUGUGGCAUCAUCAGACCAUCAAAGUCACCAUUUGCAUCAAACAUAGUGCUGGUAAGGAAGAAAUCAGGAAAACUUAGACUAUGCAUAGACUAUAGAAUGUUAAAUGAAAAAUCAGUUCGUGAUUCAUACGCACUACCUAGAAUAGAGGAAGUUUUCGACUGUUUACAUGGGGCAAAAUAUUUUUCAACCAUAGACAUGAAGUCAGGCUACCAUCAGAUAGAGGUUGAAGAGGAACACAAAGAAAGAACUAGUUUUACUGUGGGACCUUUAGGUUUGUGGGAAUUCAACAAGAUGCCCUUCGGUUUAACAAACUCCCCGGCAACGUACCAAAGACUCAUGGAGGAAUGUAUUGGAGAUCUCAACAUGAAAAUCUGCGUGAUUUAUUUGGAUGACCUUAUCAUUUACAGCGACACUUUCGAUCAACACUUGAAAAAUUUGGAUCUGAUUCUCACACGAUUAAAAGCCUGCAACCUUAAAUUAGCCUCUGAGAAGUGCCAAUUCUUUAAACAACGAGUAACAUUUCUGGGACAUGUUGUCACAAGCGAAGGAAUUGAAACAGAUCCUGACAAGAUCGACAAAGUACGAAACUGGCCAACACCGAUGAAUCCUGAUGAGCUUCAUUCGUUUCUAUCAUUUGCGAGCUAUUAUAGACGGUUUAUUGAAGGAUUCAGCAAGAUAACAAGACCUCUGGCAGAACUAGUACCUCACCCAACAUCUAAGAAAGGAGCAAAGAAGAAGACAGUGAAACCAUGGAACUGGACAGAUAGAGAACAGAAGAUUUUUGAAGAAUUAAAGAUAACAUUGUCGUCUCCACCGAUACUAGCUUACCCCGACUUCACAAAACCUUUCGAGUUGCAUACAGAUGCGUCAACAUCAGGACUUGGAGCAGUUCUCUACCAGCAGCAAGGAGACCACAAAAGAGUCAUCGCUUACGCCUCAAGAUCCCUUUCAAAAUCAGAAAAGAACUAUUCAGCGUACAAACUGGAAUUUUUGGCAUUGAAGUGGGCAGUAACGGAGAAAUUUAGCGAUUACCUGACAAGCAACCAUUUCACCAUCUUCACCGACAACAACCCGCUUACAUACAUUUUAACAUCUGCGAAACUAGACGCAACAGGCCAAAGAUGGGCAUCAGCUCUCGGAGAGUAUGACUUUGAGAUACUUUACCGUCCUGGAAUAAACAACGCAGAUGCAGAUGCAAUGAGUAGAUAUCCUCACGAGAAGGUCUUACUUGACAAUGAAGAGAUGAUGACAAUAGACAAUAGUGUUGUGAAGGCAAUAUGUGGUGCAAUAACAGUUCCCUACAUUGAGACUCUACAGAGCAUGAACAUCAACAUAAUAGAUGUAACUGAAGACCCUGGUCAACCGAUGGCUCAAAUUGAGAUGCGAGAAAUAAGACGGAAGCAAAGGGAAGACCCAAUAAUAGACAAAUGGAGAAUCGCAGUUAUAGACAAGACCAUACCGACAAAGUGUUACAACAAGAAAGACCAGAUCAUGAAGAAGAAUUUUGACCGACUGAAAAUCAAACGAGGCAUAUUGUUCAGAGAAAUUGAAGAAGAUACCACCAAGAAGGAACAGUUGUGUAUUCCUGAAGUCUACAAGGAAGAAAUACUUCGCGGUUUACAUACAGAUGUAGGACAUCCAGGAAGAGAGCGUACACUUAGACUUAUACGCGAAAGAUUUUUCUGGCCAGGAAUGACAGCCGACAUAGACAUGUUCAUUUCCAGUUGCGACAGAUGCUUAAGGCGAAAAAGCAAAACCAAUUCUAGAGCUCCACUGGUUAAUGUACACACUACCUAUCCAUUGGAGUUAGUUUGUUUUGACUAUUUGACAUUGGAACAGUCAAAAGGAGGCUUUGGCAAUAUCUUAGUCAUCACUGAUCACUUUACCAAAUUCGCUGUAGCCAUACCAACCAGAAACCAAACAGCCAAAACUACAGCUGAAGCAUUUUACAACAAUUUUAUCAUCAACUAUGGAAUCCCUACAAGACUACAUUCUGACCAAGGAGCAAAUUUUGAAUCUGAACUCAUUAAAGAACUUUGUGAUUUGACUAACAUGAAAAAAUCACACACUUCAGUUUAUCACCCUCAAGGGAAUUCAGGCCCUGAACGGUUUAAUAGAACACUUCUGGAAAUGUUAGGGACACUGGAAAAUUCACAGAAAAGCAAUUGGAAGAAAUACAUCAAUUCACUAGUCUAUGCGUAUAACUGUACGCCUCAUGAGACGACAAGAGUAUCACCGUAUGAGCUCAUGUUUGGUAGGAAGCCAAGGUUACCAAUAGACUCCAUGUUUGAAAAGGCCAAAGAGGACACCAGUAUCAACAAAACAGCUCAAGAAUAUAUAGAAGACUUAAAAGAAAGAAUGAACAAAACCAGACAGAUAGUUGAAAAACAUAUGGACAAAGCCAAAGAAAAACAGAAAAAGUACUAUGACAUGAAAGUACGUGGAGCCAACAUAGAAGUGGGAGAUACAGUAUUGGUUAAGAUUUUAUCACAUGGUGAAGGGAAACAUAAACUGGCUGACAAGUUUGAAGAGGACAUAUACACAGUGAUAGAACAGCCAAGAACAGACAUCCCAGUAUACAGAGUCAGAUCAAAAGUAGGACGUGAAAAGACGCUACACAGAAACCAUUUAUUCCCGGUUAACUACCAGGAAGAAGCAACGGAAGAAGUAGAUGAGGUUAAAGAUGGAGAAAAGAAGUCUGCAAACCAGAGUGAUAAAGGGGAUGCAUCCGGACAGAAAGGAAUAAGUGACGUCACAGAUACAGAUGAUUCAGAUGAUGACUACAUAUUUGUACCUCAGACAAAUUUAGAUGGGGACGCCCAUCAGUCAAACUUGGAUCAUGCUGAUAUAGAAGCAGAAGAAGAAACUGUUAAAGAAACAAUAGUAAUUGUUGAUGAUAGUGAUUCAACUGAUUCUAAGGCCACAGAAUCAAAAGUUGAUUACAAAGAAAUAGAGACAGAGGAAGAUACUGGAACACAGGAAGAAGUUGAGAUAUUGAUAGAGGAUGAGGACAUAGGACCAGAUAGGAGUGUAGCAGAUACAGAAGCAGAAACCACCAUUACAGAAGAUGAGAGUUUAUCAGUAGAGGAUACUGUUGUAAAGAAAAAGGAAGAUGAAGUAAAAAAUCAAAGGACUGAAGAGGUUAAGGUGAAGAAAAGAAAACCAAGACAGUUACCACAACAACCACUUAGAAGGUCUGAUAGACCAAGGAGAUUACCUGAAAAACUCAAAGAAUACCAAAUGCAUAGUGUCAUAAACAACAGGCCAUAUGAUCACAGAUUGCAAGCACUGGAAACAGUUAUUGCAUCUGGUGUAUUAAGUAAUGUAGAUAUGGAUACAGCAAAAAAGGUUGUUGAUGCAAUCUUGAAAUAAAUUUCAGGUGCAGAUUUUAACAUGUAUUUUAUUAUGAAUCUUGCAGUAUAUUGUCAUGCUUUGAUAUAUUUUAAGUUAACCAUAUUUUAAUGCGAGGACGCAUUUCUUUUCAGAGGAGGGAAGAAAAAGAAGAAGUUCCGCAUAUCAUGUUCACCAAAUAUGCACGCAACAGAUUUGUUCCAAUAUCAUACUAAAUUAAAACAGUUUUAUUGUAGACUUAUACUUGUCAGCUUAGUAUGAUUUAUACUUGACAACUUAAUAUGAGUUGUAUUCGGCAACUUAUUAUGUAUACUUGACACUUUGUAUUGUUUAUAGCUAACAAUUCAGUAUGAUUGAUACUGGAUUCUUCAGUAUGGUAUAUAAUAAGUACUUAUUGCUAGAAUACUGUAAUAAGUAAUUGCUAGAGCAACAGUAGAAAAGUCUUAUGUUUAGAGGAAGUACUAAAGUAGACUUACUUAGACUUAACAUAUGAGGAAGACUUAGAGAUAAGUAUAUUGUAUUGUGUAUAGUAAGACAUCUGUAGUAAAUGUAGGUGUAAAGUUGUUUUAUCAAUUUUAAACUUGUAUUACAUUGUUUGACUUGACAAUGACGGGACGUCAUUUUCCCAAAGCCGGGAAGUAUGUAACAAGGUGGAUUAUUCUGGAUCUUAAGUUAUUCAGAAGUUGCUUCCCUUUGACCAAUUCUUAGUAGCAACCAGUCAAGCAUUACAAUAAGUUCCCGCUGUUAUAUGAAUUUUAGUCACAUGACCCCGCUUUUUAUUCAGUUGUCCGACAUGUUUUCAAGGGGACAGGUGGAAUUGUUCCAUUAUAAUAUAGUUUAUGUUCAUGGAGGAGUUUUGGAUUCUUUUGAGUCUUAUAGUAACACAUGGUGGCAGUGUCAGUAACCAGCUCACUGAGAAAGUACAUUUUUGGUGUGUGUGUGUCUGUGAGGUCAACAAAGAGCCCAAUCCACAAUUGAGCUUGAGAUCUGGGAGAUUAGAGAGAUCAGUGAGAUCCAGAUUACAGUACACAUUCAGUUGGAUUUUAAAUGAGAAAAUGUACAAGAUUAUGUAUAUGAUCAAGCUGAUUUUGAUAGAACUUUACAGCAAGUGUUACUUUCUAAAUAUACAAGCACUGAGAUCAUUUAGUUUAAUAUGAACAUUAAACCGGAUAGUCGAACCCA